CUUGAGUAUAGCUGUUUUGCUAAGCAAAGUCUUUACAUAGCCACUUGCUUGUCUUUACCCGUAUAUACCCAUACUUGCCAUAUGCUCCACUUUCAACAGAAGGCCCUAGCCACACGAUGCCCAGGAACGCGAGCAGGAAGAAGGAGCGCAAUCGCUGUAAAAUGCAAGGCUGCUGUAGCUGACGCUAAGCCUACCCAGCCAAGGUCGCCGCUUACCGGCGAGGCGCGAAGCCAUGAAACUGAUGUGGUCGUCGUGGGCAGCGGCAUCGGCGGACUUUGCUGCGCCGGCAUGCUCGCAAAAUACGGCUUGAAGGUUACCGUGGUUGAGUCGCACUCGAUUCCAGGCGGCGCCGCACACUCCUGGGUGCGGGAUGGCUUCCACUUCGAGUCGGGACCCUCGCUGUUCUCGGGCCUGGCUUCCCAGGGCAAGGAGGCCAACCCGCUGAGUCACGUGCUCAGCGCGCUGGGGGUGCAGCUGGAUCUGGUGCGGUACGACAGCUGGAAUGUGGUGGUUCCGGAGGGCAACUUCCUCACACGGAUCGGGAACGACAACUUCUCCGAGGUGCUGUCAAAGAUCCGCGGCCCCGCUGCGGUGGCGGAGUGGACGCGGCUGCAGCAGGUGAUGCGGCCCCUGGCUCGAGCAGCCGCGCUCAUGCCGCCAGCUGCCUUCAGGUACGAUCCGGGAGUGCUGGUGACCGCAAUCGGGCGCUACCUGCCAGCACUGCUGGCCGCGGGAGGCGAUGCCGCGCGCCUGAGCGGCCCCUUCUCCUCCGUGCUGGACGGCUCGGGUGUGAGCGACCCCUUCAUUCGCAACUGGCUGGACCUGCUGGCUUUCCUGCUCAGUGGCCUGCCCGCGGACGGAACCAUCGCCGCAGAGAUGGCCUACAUGUUCAACGAGUGGUACCGACCCAACUGCUUCUUGGAAUUCCCGCGAGGAGGGGCGCAGGCUGUCGUGAACGGGCUUGUAGACGGGUUGCAACGGCACGGCGGCCGCCUGCUGCUGAGCAGCCACGUGGAGCGGGUGCUGCUGGAUGCGAGGGGUCGGGCAACCGGUGUGGCGCUGCGGGGCGGGGGCACCGUGAAGGCGCGCAAGGCGGUAGUGUCCAACGCCAGCAGCUGGGACACGCUCAAGCUGCUGCCUCCGGAGCGGGUGCCGCCUGCCUGGCGCAGCGGCCUCAGCAGCACCCCCGCCUGCCCCUCCUUCAUGCACCUGCACCUGGGGUUCGAUGCGGCCGGUCUGGACCCCUCCCUGGAGUUGCACCACAUCAUCGUGAACAGCUGGCAGGGCGGUGUGACGGCGCCGCAGAACGUGGUGCUCAUCUCCAUUCCGUCCGUCAAGGACCCCUCCAUGGCGCCCGCCGGCCACCACUGCCUGCAUGCCUACCUGCCCGCCACGGAGCCCUACGAGCUGUGGAAGGGGCUGGACAGGCGCAGUCCCGAGUACAAGGCCCUGAAGGAGGAGAGGAGCCAAGUCCUGUGGGAGGGCAUUGAGAAGGUGAUCCCGGACAUUCGCUCCCGCACGCGGCUGUCCCUGCUGGGUACCCCCCUCACGCACGAGCGCUUCCUGCGCCGCCACAGGGGCACCUACGGACCCGCCAUUCAGGCCGGCAAGGGGCUCUUCCCAGGCCCCGGCACCCCCAUCCCCGGCCUCUACUGCUGCGGCGACUCCACCUUCCCCGGCAUCGGAGUGCCCGCGGUGGCUGCCAGCGGGGCCAUCGCAGCCAACAGCCUGGUGCCUGUGUGGCAGCACUGGGCGCUGCUGGACGAGAUCGGAGUGUAGGGUGAUGCAUGAGCGAGGGGAUGCGCUGGGUGAGGUGAUAGGGUGUAGGGUGGGCGAGGGGAUGCGCUGGGUGAGGUUGUAGGGUGUAGAGUGAUGAGCGAGGGCGCUGGAAGAGACGACAGAGGGCGCCGGGUCGUGUUAAGGAUGUAGGAGGGCUCCAGGGAGGUGCAGGGAUGGAAGUGUUGUGGAUGAAAAGAAUGCGUGGAAGUGCACACGAUGCAUGGGAGCGCUGAGGGUGUAGUAGUAAGUUCAGUAGGUUCUGGGGAGUGAAGGCUGGCUGCAUCUUUAGCUGGUCUGAUGUUAAUGCACUGCUCAGGAGCUGCGGGUUAGCGCUGCGGCUCGUCUGAAGACCCAUGGGUCGGGGCAUGGUUUGAUUGUUAUACAAGGUGCAUGCCGGAUGGUGUACGAGUGCAGAGUGAGGGGCGGGUGCAGUUGCUUGAAUGACUUGACACUACCGGUUUGCGUGUAUAGGCAAGACCCGCAGGCAGUUAUACUUAGUUCGGAUGCUAGGUACGCUCGGCCAGCCAUGCAUGGUGUGUACAGAGUAUAACUGUAACUGGUGCUCAUGCAAUUGAGUGACCCACGGGUCACCAUGGGUCGGCAGUCCCGGGUUUACUCUGGAUGAUGAGAGCGGGGUGGUCCGGUUCUGCAGAGGAGUCCUGAAGAGUGGUGUCAGGAAAUGUUGAGGGUAUUUGAGAGGUCCGGAGACGUUGUGUUGGGAUACCUGCAGGCGUGUGACAUGAGCCUACAUCGUGAGUGGACAAUGCGGCCUGCGUGGCCUAGAAGGGGGUGCGGUGAAGCACCAUGGAGCCGUAGCGACGUCGAUUACUUAACACCCGGGUAGCUACCGGCACUUAACCCAAUGCAAGUUAGUGUCGUGCGUGGAUACAGCAAAGUGGGGACGCGAAACAUGG